UCCAUAUUUACUGGGAUACCUGUGCUUUUAUCACAAUUGAAUACUUCUCCUACGUACGACCCAUUAUCUGUGUGCCGCUUUGGUCAGAUUAAUUUUAGUGUUCGGAAAACGAAACCGGUCAGUCACAUGUGAUAGGGCCCCCGAUUGAGUCCAUAAUAAGCAUUGCCCAGAUUCAAACUGGCAUAUCAUCCAAAUGAGUUGAACUCUUCGCAUCCAACAUUAAUUUUGAAAAAUGAACGCGUUUUUUAUAUCCAGUGUUUUCUCUACUUUCCUUUUCUUCUUUUCAAGUUUUUCCUAUUCUGAGUUUACUUACCUCAAUUUCAUGGACAUUCCCGCUUAUGCUUUGGUGGGUUAUGUCGUGGAAGUGUUCAACACCAGGGACUCUUUCAGCUGCCUAGCAAAGUGUUUCGAUGUGAACUCUUUUGUGUCGGUAAAUUUCGGAAGACGAAGCGCGAAUGAUUCUCAGUUUACUUGUGAAAUUAACAACUCUACACAUUUGCUGCAGCCACUUGGCCUGAAACGAAGGCCAGGAUUCACUUACUUUGGUGUGGCGGAUCCCUGUUUCUCGAAUCCUUGUCUGAACGGAGGCACGUGUACCGCUGACCAGUCUAACUGGACGUACCGCUGUAGCUGUGGUCUUCCAUUUCCAACAGCACCGUACUUGGAUAAACACUGUUCCACAGGGUUGAAGUUUGCCCUGGAUGGUGGCGUAUAUCGCAACGUGUUUCACGCUGGAGCAGAAACGCAAUAUAUCUUCAAUUUCAAAGAAGCCAAGCGCUUAUGCCAAAAGUACCAGGCCCAACUAGCUUCAGUCGCGCAGGUCGAGGAGGCCUGGAAAGUCGGCUUUCAGAUGUGCAGCUGGGGCUGGGCCGCUGAAGGUUUCACCGUUUUGCCCUUGCGUGUUGCCCAUGGAGGUUGUGGCACUAAAGCAGAAGUCCGAAGAUCUGCAUCAGUUUCCACCGAGUCCUACAAGUCCAACGCUUAUUGCCACAGAGGAACAGACAACUGUAACGAGGAAGGCUGGUACCAAAACAGAUACAAGUGCUACCGGUUUUUCCUUGAUAGUCACGUGCGCUGGGAGGAAGCAUCACGUGUAUGUCACGUGCACGGUGGCGUCAUGGGUGUGUUCAACUCUAUUGACAAGCUGGAUUUUGUACGCUACCACGUGCCAACCCUGAACAACAGCAUCUCUCGCAUAUUUGUGGGGCUUCAAAAGACGGGUGGGGUGUGGAUGUGGGGUUACAAUAAUCUCACCCCAGAAGCUGAGCUGUGGGAAUCAGGAGCACCAGCCUCGCAAGGACCUCUGGGAGCCGUUACCAUAGCAACCGGUAGACUCGUUGACGUACCUGACUCUGGAGACCACAAGCUGCCCUUCGUCUGCGAGAAAAACCUACCUUAGUGUGUUGAGUGUUAUCAACAAACUACCUGUGGUGGAGCCUAGUGACUAGGAUGGAUUUUAGUUAUUAUUGCUGCAUUUGUGUAAUUCUCUUCUUAAAUCAUUGGUAUUGUGUAGACAUUAGAAUUGGAAUAAGAACGGCCCAGUCUCAACUGAAAAUUAGACCUUCUUUAUAAAAAAAGAGAGUGUGGGGCAAUUUCCAUUACCCGGUCGAAUUUCCAGUAGAUCAUAAAUUCGUACGGUUACGUAUUCUUUUUUUAAAGUAACUGCUUGGGACAAGAGACGGCUUUCAGUAGCGGAUCUAUGGGGAGGGUUUAGGGGGUUUACCCCCCCCCCCCCUUUGGGCUGCCAGAAAGGCAUAUUUAAAAAAAUAACACCCUACCCCUUUGUCACUGAGCCAAGCCCCCCUUUAGCGAAAAUCUAGUUCCGCCCCUGGCUAUCACAAGAAACUCAUGUAAAUAUUUUUUUUUAAAUUCGAUAAGUUUUCUUGCACACUCUAUUUAAGGGUUUAUCGGUGAAAGAGGUCUUGAUCAUGUAUUCAUGAUAUAAAAUUAUGUAUAUAAUUUGAACUCUUCUUCAAUUCUGAUUGGCUUUAUAGUUUUCUAAAAAAUAGCUCUUGCGAGAAUGCAAUUGCUACUUUUGUACUAGCUUAGUAAAGCCUUAUCAUUCCAUGUUCUUGGCGCUAGAAAUUAUUAUGCUUCUCCAGAAUUCUAUGAGCCCUCGCAGAACAAAUAUAGCUUGGAGCUAUCAAUCAGUCAAUCUUGAUGCUGAAUGUACCUGUUUCUUUGUAGCAGUAACCAUCGGGCUUCUUUGUCGUUGUGGAUUAUUAAACUCACUGUGAACAA